CUUCCCUGCACGGGCGGCUGGGCGCUUCCAAAGCGCGCGCGGGGGUGGGGGAGGGACGUGAGGUGAAGGGAACGGCGAGAAAGUCUGAGAGCAGCUUAUUUUGAGAAGUCGUUUCCAGGGUGAACCUCCCGUCAUCGAAAUGGGCUCUAUUACCGUGUCGAACUGAAAUGUUUGCGCAACCUAUACCCAGAGCGUUCCCGUGGGUCCUCCCCUUGGCACGUAGAGGCGCUGCGCCAGCCCCGCGCGCCCCAUCGCGCUCCCACUCCUUCACGCCUAGGUGUGUGCGUAAACGCCCUUCUCCAGAGACUGGCUCCGCCCUUCGGCGCUCGGCUUGGUGCAGCCCCGUCACCCCCGCUACCCCCAGGGGGUGAAUGGCUUGGAUUUUCAGAUAACAUCAGAAUUCCUCCUGGGAACGUUGACUCCGUGCCUGGUGCCUUGGAGUUUCUCUGAGAUGGAUUGAUGAAUUUGAGCCAUGGUGCAAAAGAAGAAGUCCUGUCCUCGGUUACUUGACUACCUAGUGAUCGUAGGGGCCAGGCACCCGAGCAGUGACAGUGUGGCCCAGACUCCGGAACUGCUACGGCGGUACCCGCUAGAGGACCAUGCGGAGUUUCCCCUGCCCCCGGAUGUCGUGUUCUUCUGCCAGCCAGAGGGCUGCCUCAGCGUGCGGCAGCGGCGCAUGACCCUGCGGGAUGACACCUCUUUUGUCUUCACCCUCACGGACAAGGACACUGGUGUCACCCGUUAUGGCAUCUGCGUCAACUUCUACCGCUCCUUCCAAAAGCGUGUGCCUAAGGAAAAGGGGGAGGCUGGGCCAGGGUCCCGGGGGAAGGAAGGGCCCCGAGCCCCCUGCACCUCCGAGGAGGUGGGCCCCGAGACCUCGGAGAGCGGCCCAUCCCUGCAGCCGCCCAGUGUCGACUCCACCCUGGACGUGAGCCAGUCUCCGCGGGCCAGACGCCGGGCCAAGGCAGGGAGCCGGUCCCGCAACAGCACGCUGACGUCCCUGUGCGUGCUCAGCCACUACCCCUUCUUCUCCACCUUCCGAGAGUGUCUGUACACCCUCAAGCGUCUGGUGGACUGCUGCAGUGAGCGCCUGCUGGGCAAGAAACUGGGCCUCCCUCGAGGCAUACAGAGGGACACCAUGUGGCGCAUCUUUACUGGAUCGUUGUUAGUAGAGGAGAAGUCAAGUGCCCUGCUGCACGACCUCCGGGAGAUCGAGGCCUGGAUCUACCGGUUGCUGCGCUCCCCGGUACCCGUCUCGGGGCAGAAGCGAGUGGACAUCGAGGUCCUGCCGCAGGAGCUCCAGCAGGCUCUGACCUUUGCUCUCCCAGACCCCUCUCGAUUCACCCUAGUGGACUUCCCACUGCACCUCCCCCUGGAACUUCUGGGUGUGGACGCCUGUCUCCAGGUGCUCACCUGCAUCCUCUUAGAGCACAAGGUCGUGCUCCAGUCCCGAGACUACAACGCGCUCUCCAUGUCCGUGAUGGCAUUUGUGGCAAUGAUCUACCCCUUGGAGUAUAUGUUUCCUGUUAUCCCACUGCUGCCCACCUGCAUGGCAUCGGCAGAACAGCUGCUGUUGGCUCCAACACCAUACAUCAUCGGGGUCCCUGCCAGCUUCUUCCUCUACAAACUGGACUUCAAAAUGCCUGAUGAUGUGUGGCUAGUAGAUCUGGACAGCAAUAGGGUGAUUGCCCCCACCAAUGCGGAAGUGCUGCCUAUCCUGCCAGAACCAGAAUCGUUAGAGUUGAAGAAGCAUUUGAAGCAGGCCCUCGCCAGCAUGAGUCUCAACACCCAACCCAUCCUCAAUCUGGAGAAAUUCCACGAGGGCCAGGAGAUCCCCCUUCUCCUGGGAAGGCCUUCUAAUGACCUUCAGUCCACACCUUCCACCGAGUUCAACCCGCUCAUCUACGGCAAUGAUGUGGAUUCGGUGGAUGUCGCAACCAGAGUGGCCAUGGUCCGUUUCUUCAACUCCCCCAACGUGCUGCAGGGCUUUCAGAUGCACACACGCACCCUGCGUCUCUUCCCCCGGCCUGUGGUGGCUUUCCAAGCCGGCUCCUUUCUAGCCUCACGCCCCCGGCAGACUCCUUUUGCUGAGAAACUGGCCAGGACUCAGGCCGUGGAGUACUUUGGAGAGUGGAUCCUGAACCCCACCAACUACGCCUUCCAGCGGAUUCACAACAACAUGUUCGAUCCAGCCCUGAUUGGCGACAAGCCCAAGUGGUACGCCCACCAGCUGCAGCCCAUCCACUAUCGAGUAUAUGACAGCGGUUCCCAGCUGGCCGAGGCGCUGAGCGUGCCGCCCGAGCGAGACUCUGACUCUGACCCCACUGACGACAGCGGGAGUGACAGCAUGGAUUAUGACGACUCAAGCUCUUCUUACUCUUCCCUUGGUGACUUUGUCAGCGAGAUGAUGAAAUGCGACAUCAACGGUGAUACUCCUAAUGUGGACCCUCUGACACAUGCGGCGCUUGGGGAUGCCAGCGAGGUGGCGAUCGAUGAGCCGCAGAACCAGGAGGCGGCAGAGGAGCCCGGCCCGGACGGCGAGAGCUCUCAGGAAAACCCGCCCCUGCGCUCCAGCUCCAGCACCACCGCCAGCAGCAGCCCCAGCACCAUCGUCCACGGCGCCAGCUCUGAACCUGCCGACUCAGCGGAGACAGAUGAGAAGGCGGCAGGAGGCGUCCCCAAGUCCCUGCCCACCGUGCCUCCUGGCGUGGACAAGUGCAGCGCGGACAGCCAUCAGACAGAACCCGGAGAGGGGUCAGUGCGCCGGCGAACCUCUGACAGUCCGAGCCUCCAGCCCCAGUAUGGCUUUCCCCCUGAGGAAGACGACGAGCAGGGGGAGAGUUACACCCCCCGAUUCAGCCAGCAUGUCAGUGGCCAUCGGGCUCAAAAGCUGCUGCGGCCCAACAGCUUGAAACUGGCAAGUGACUCAGAUGCAGAGUCGGACUCUCGAGCAAGCUCGCCCACCUCCACCGUCUCCAACAACAGCACGGAAGGCUUCGGGGGCAUCAUGUCUUUCGCCAGCAGCCUGUAUCGGAACCACAGCACCAGCUUCAGCCUCUCAAACCUCACGCUGCCCACCAAAGGAGCCCGAGAGAAGAGCACACCCUUCCCCAGUCUCAAAGUAUUUGGGCUAAAUACUCUAAUGGAGAUUGUUACUGAAGCCGGCCCCGGGAGUGGUGAAGGAAACAGGCGGGCCUUAGUGGACCAGAAAUCGUCAGUCAUUAAACACAGCCCAACCGUGAAAAGAGAGCCUCCGUCACCUCAGGGUCGAUCCAGCAAUUCUAGUGAGAACCAGCAGUUCCUGAAGGAGGUGGUGCACGGCGUGCUGGACGGCCAGGGCGUCGGCUGGCUCAACAUGAAGAAGGUGCGGCGGCUGCUGGAGAGCGAGCAGCUGCGCGUCUUCGUCCUGAGCAAGCUGAACCGCACGGCGCAGUCCGAGGACGAGGCCCGGCAGGACGUCAUCCCAGACGUGGAGAUCAGCCGGAAGGUGUACAAGGGCAUGUUGGACUUGCUCAAGUGCACGGUCCUCAGUCUGGAGCAGUCCUUCGCCCACGCCGGCCUGGGUGGCAUGGCCAGCAUCUUUGGGCUUCUGGAGAUCGCCCAGACCCACUACUACAGUAAAGAACCAGACAAGCGGAAGAGAAGUCCCACAGAGAGCAUCAGUACACCAGUUGGCAAGGAUCCUGGCCUGGCUGGACGGGGGGACCCAAAGGCCAUGGCACAGCUGAGGGUCCCCCAGCUGGGACCUCGGGCACCAAGUGCCCCAGGAAAGAGUCCCAAGGAGCUGGACACCAGAAGUCUAAAGGAAGAGAACUUUGUGGCAUCCAUUGGGCCUGAUGUAAUCAAACCCACCUUUGACCUUGGUGAGACCGACGAGAAAAAGUCCCAGGUCAGCGCAGACAGUGGUGUGAGCCUGACAUCCGGUUCCCAGAGGACUGAUCCAGACUCUGUCAUCGGUGUGAGUCCCGCCGUGAUGAUCCGAAGCUCAAGUCAGGACUCUGAAGUUAGCACCGUGGUGAGCAACAGCUCCGGAGAGACCCUGGGAGCAGACAGCGACCUCAGCAGCAGCGCGGGCGAUGGCCCAGGCGGUGAGGGCAGCGCCCACUUGGCAGGCUCUCGGGGCACCUUGUCUGACAGUGAGAUUGAGACCAGCCCUGCCACCAGUGCCAUCUUUGGUAAAGCCCAUAGCUUGAAGCCAAGUGUAAAGGAGAAGCUGGUGGGCAGCCCAGUUCGCUCUUCUGAAGAUGUCAGCCAGCGAGUCUACCUCUACGAGGGACUCCUAGGCAAAGAGCGUUCUACUUUAUGGGACCAAAUGCAAUUCUGGGAAGACGCGUUCUUAGAUGCUGUGAUGUUGGAGAGAGAAGGAAUGGGCAUGGACCAGGGUCCCCAGGAAAUGAUAGACAGGUACCUGUCCCUGGGAGAACACGACCGGAAGCGCCUGGAGGACGAUGAAGACCGUCUGCUGGCCACACUCUUGCACAACCUCAUCUCGUACAUGCUUCUGAUGAAGGUAAAUAAGAAUGACAUCCGGAAGAAGGUGAGGCGCCUGAUGGGAAAGUCCCAUAUUGGACUUGUGUACAGUCAGCAAAUCAAUGAAGUCCUUGACCAGCUGGCCAACCUGAAUGGACGAGAUCUCUCCAUCCGGUCCAGUGGCAGCCGGCACAUGAAGAAGCAGACAUUCGUGGUACAUGCAGGGACAGACACAAAUGGAGAUAUCUUUUUCAUGGAGGUGUGUGACGACUGCGUGGUGCUGCGCAGUAACAUCGGGACGGUGUACGAGCGCUGGUGGUACGAGAAGCUCAUCAACAUGACCUACUGCCCCAAGACCAAGGUGCUCUGCUUGUGGCGCCGAAACGGCUCCGAGACCCAGCUCAACAAGUUCUACACGAAGAAGUGUCGGGAGCUGUACUACUGCGUGAAGGACAGCAUGGAGCGCGCCGCCGCCCGUCAGCAGAGCAUCAAGCCGGGGCCGGAACUUGGUGGCGAGUUCCCCGUGCAGGACUUGAAGACCGGUGAGGGCGGCUUGCUGCAGGUCACCCUCGAAGGGAUCAACCUCAAGUUCAUGCACAACCAGGUUUUCAUAGAGCUGAAUCACAUUAAAAAGUGCAAUACAGUCCGAGGCGUCUUUGUCCUGGAGGAAUUUGUUCCUGAAAUUAAAGAAGUGGUGAGCCACAAGUACAAGACGCCAAUGGCCCACGAGAUCUGCUACUCUGUGCUGUGUCUCUUCUCAUACGUGGCUGCGGCCCGCAGCAGCGAGGCGGACCUCCGGAGCCCACCCCGGCCCGUCUCCAGCUGAUGGCACGCCGAAGGCUGCCCCUCGCUGGUGCCCCGGCGCGACCUCCGCGGGCCUCUCGCCGCAGCUUAGAGGCGCUCCGUGUGUGUGUGUGUGUGUGUCCCAGCGUGUCCCACGGGGCUGAGCUAGUCUGUCCCCCUCCCUCUCCCUCCCCCAGACCAACCUGCUGUCCCCUCAGGGCUCAAGAGUGAGUGUGUGCGCGCGCGCCCCUGUCGGGCCAGUGGCUCCUGAGAACUCGAGAGGACACGCAAUGCGAGCCCCCUGCCGCGUGCCGUUGAGACGUCUGUGUUGUGUUCUCGUCGGUGACGUCGUGGCUCUCCAGGGCAGACCCGGCAGCCCCAGGGAGCUGGGGGAGUCUCGGCUCGUCCUGCCGCCGGCGAGGGGUGGGUAGGGACUGGAGGGGUCGGGGGCGGCAGAGGCAGCGGGCCGCCCUGCUCCCCGGGCAGUUCCCGGGUGGCAGCCGCUCCCACGGCCUCCCCCCACAGCUGGCCGCGCUGACCCCCUUUCGUUGCUGAGCGGCGGUUCCCUGCGGCCUGCCCGCCUUGGCAGGAGACCCCUGGGGCCGCGGGCUGCCCCGCCCAGAGCCGGGUACGGUGGGGAAGGGCCAGUCCGGGCCUCACUCGUGUGUGAGGGCGGGCGAGCCUGGGAGUGGGCAGCAGAGGGACUAUAAAUAUUUCGGCUCCAUACUAUUUAUAGAAGUUGUACAGAGGUGUGAAUGUGAAAUAAAUGUCCUGAACUCCC